AUGCCCUUAAGACGAUUUCAUACCAAGUCACGGCAUGGGUGCUCACAAUGCAAAUUGGCUCACGUGAAAUGUAGCAGAUGUACGAAACUGCAAAAGACCUGCUCGUUUCAAAACCUAUACAAAGCUCCGUCAGAAUCCUCAGGCUCUUCACCAAACGCGGGCACUUCAAUCACAACAAUCAAUCACCUGUCCGAGACAGACACCCUCUCGUGGGAAGAUCUUGAUCUCUUCCACCACUACUUAACCGUCACCUGCGAAACACUUGACGAUCGAGAAGACGUCCGUCAAAUGUGGAAGAUCCAGAUUCCACAAAUGGCUACGAAGCAAAAGUUCCUGAUGUAUGGCAUCUUCAGCAUCACCGCCAUGCACAUCGCGAGUUCCAAUCCAGAAAACCAAUCUUCAUACAUCAACAGAGCCAUCCGAGAUCACAACAUCGCUCUCCGAGACUACACUUCCCUGCUUCACAACAUCACUCGAGAAAAUGCCACAGCACUCUUCGCCUGUGGGUCUCUCAUUGCUGUAGUUGCUCUGACUCUAGGGAUCUUGCGGCCGCAGCAGGAGUCUACAGGGCCUGUGGAGGAGAUCUUGGGGAUCUUCAACCUGUUGCGAGGUAUACCUUUGGUGGCAGGCAAAAUGUGGGCAUCCCUUAGAAGCAGCCAGAUCGCGCCUCUGUUCGUGCACAGAGACCACGAUGGGAGGGAAGUGGAUUUAACAGCAUCUACGCGCUUGCCAGAGCGUGUCACAAAUGCUCUGGCGUUGCUCGAGGAGCGAGCUCAAACAUUAUCGACCCCAGAGCAAAAAGAGGCGUACAUUAUAGCUAUUCAAGACUUGAAAGAGGCUUUUAAUCUUCGAUCGGCUGUGAGAUACGAAAAGAGCAUGUCGUUCAGGUGGCCAGUUACAGUAAAUCAAGAGUACGUCGCGCUAUUAGGCUUGCGAGAGCCGAUGGCCUUAGUGGUUCUAGCUCACUAUGCUGUCAUGCUGCAUGAGAUGAGGGAUAAGUGGUGGGCGCUCGGAUGGGGCAGCCAACUGGUUCAUGAAAUUUAUCAAGUUGUUGAUGAAGACUGGAGGGGUUUGAUGGCAUGGCCGAUGAGGGAGAUUAGUCCAAACCAUGAACACGAUUGA